AUGGAGGCCCCGUUACAAGACUCCGACUCUUCAUUCUUUUUUGCUUAUUUUCAUCUCUUGGCAGCAACUGCUUUGCUCUUGAUUGUUUACUUCUUUUCUCGUAGAUCCACCUGCAUUUAUCUUAUAGAUUUCUCUUGUUAUCAACCACCAGACGACUUGCGAGUCUCAACUUCCAAUUUCAUCGAACACUUCGAAAUCUGUGGCCUUCAUGAGAGAGAUGCGAUAGAUUUCUCGAACAAAGUGGUAGAAAGAAUGGGCAUUGGAUGUGAGGCCGGCUUUCCACUUUCUCUGCAUCAAAUUCCACCGGAUAAUUCUCUCAACCCAAGUCAAGAAGAAACUGAAACCGUUCUUUUCACGGUGGUGAAGGAUCUCUUCAGCAAACACAACAUAAAUCCCAAAAACAUCGACAUACUUGUAUCCAAUUGUAGUAUUUUCUGCCCUACACCAUCCAUUACAGCCAGGAUCAUAAACAAAUUUGGAUUUAGGAGUAAUGUAAAGAGCAUUAGUCUCAGCGGAAUGGGGUGCAGUGCAGGACUCGUGGCUAUUAGUUUAGCUAAAGACCUCCUGAAAGUCCACCGGAACUCGUUGGCUUUGGUUCUUAGCAUGGAAGCAGUGACUCCAAAUGGUUAUAAUGGUAAAAUGAAGUCCAUGCUUCUAGCCAACAUGCUAUUCCGAAUGGGAGGAGUCGCUAUCUUGUUGUCCAAUAAGAAACGCGACAAAAGAAGAGCGAAAUACAAACUUCGACAUCUGUUAAGAACACACAUGGGAUCAGAUGAUCUAUCUUACCAGUCUGUUUUCCAGGAAAAUGAUGAAUCCGGGUACGUGGGAGUUUCACUAUCAAGAGAACUUCUACAUGUGGCAGGAAAUGCUUUGAAAAUAAAUAUAACAGAGUUGGGUCCAUGCGUUUUACCAUACUCUGAACAGAUCCACUAUGGAUUCUCAGUAAUUCGUAGGAAAUUUUCAACUUCAGCAAGGAAAGAGGAGAUAUAUGUACCUAACUUCAAGAAGGCAUUUGACCAUUUCUGUAUACAUGCUGGAGGAAGGGCAGUCAUCGACGCUAUUGAGGAAAAGCUAAGGCUGACUAAAGAAGAUGGAGAAGCCUCGAGGAUGACACUUUAUCGCUUUGGUAACACUUCAUCAUCCUCUGUUUGGUACGAGCUAAGCUACCUGGAGGCAAAAGGCAGGGUCAAAAGGGGAAAUAGGGUCUGGCAAAUUGCUUUUGGGAGUGGAUUUAAAUGUAACAGUGCAAUUUGGGAAUGCAUUUCAGAUUUAAAUCCCAAGAUAAGAAAUGCAUGGUCAGAUAGAAUACAUAACUAUCCCGUGGACAUCCCAGAUGUUGCUGAUCAUUGA